AUGAACGGAUUCCAGUACGCCGUGGCGGCCUGGCUGUCAAUUGUCAUUCUCCCGCAGAUCAUAGCGCUGUCUUUUCGGUGCGGCGUCCCCGCGACGUUUGGGCUGGUCAUGGCGGCAAUCAUUAGUGUGGUGGUGAUUCAGCUAUUUAUCCGGCGCAAUGAACGGCGGGCGAGAAAGCAGUUGGCAGCAAGAGAAAGAGAAGAUGAAGCUGCUUAG